CCUCCCGGCGGCGCGGUGCCGCCAUGUCUUCAAGAGAGAAGCGAUUAAUAGCGCUUAUCUCUAUCGUGUUCUGUGCUACCGCAAUAUUCUGUCUAGUUCUCUAUUAUAUUCCAACAUUGCUUUACAUAGCUUUUAUUCUUGGAGUUUGUUGCGUUGCAUGUUAUUAUCACAGCGGAGAAUCUCUUUACGUUAGUUUAGGCCCUCAUCCACGCCGUGGUCUGAGAAUUCCACCCGUGCUGCGACGCUGGUUGCCAGGGAUUGCAAACGGAGUACCCACAGCGGGAAGAGUUAGGAGUCGCACUGUCAAGGAUGAUGUUCGGGAAUCAGUAGUAUUUACUGGCCAACGACGUUUCGAGAGCGCUAUUUGUCGGAAAGACGCGGGUCACAGUGACUCAUUUCUUCUCAGUCCUCGGGAUAUACUCAUGGGAAGUUACAUUGGGAAGGCAGAAAGUCCUCCCUCAGUUGGGAGGCCGCGAGCGGGUGCAAGUUCGGGUGCUAACCCCAACGCACGAGAACAGCUAACUUUACGCGAAAGAUUGGCGCGACCCAACCAGGCUGUCAGUACUCCAAACAGACGUCUGUCAUUCGGGGGGGAGCCCCUUGGCACUAUGGGCAGGUUCACCAUCACUCCCCAGCGCCACUACCCCCUCCAGCAGACGGGCACCUCCUCUGUGGGCAUCCUGCCCCCGAACCAGUGGGACGGCUUCAGAAAGAAGAAUAUUCUCACCCCUCGCAACUCUCCGGCAGUCCACAGUCCAGUCACAGUGAAGAUCGCUAGGCCAGAUCACAACACCACUCGAUCCCAGUUAUUUGAUCAUUUGAACUCCCCGGGAGUCCUUGGCUCUCCAGGCCUGGGGGCCCCUGUAGACCCCUGCUCCAGGGAGACUGUUCUGAGCGUGCUCAAAGAGAGUCGCAAAAGAGUGGUGGAAGAUGACAGGAGCUUCACUGCAUGGCAAAAGAGCAAAAGGAGGCGCCAUGACAGCAGUGGGAGUGCUCACUUGGCAUUUGAGCCACUGCUGCCCAAUGGAGCUCCAUCACAGCUGGUGCUGAAUUCUCUGAAGCGAGGGCUGAAUGCUAUGGUGGAGGAGUCAACAAUGAAGAGGUCACGCACCUCCUCCAUCAGCUCCAUGAGCUGUGGGCUGACCCCCAGCGGCACCCUGGGCUCGGUCCGCAACUCCAUCCGCAGCUCCCUCAGCUCCUCACAAGGCGUUUCUCCGUGGAAAAAAGCCUCCACCCGCAGUCUGUCCCCGCUCUCCAGCCCUGGGUCGUCCCGGUCCCAGACCCCAGAGAGAGCCUCUAAAAAGCCCAGGGAAGAGGACGCUCGCUCACCCAGCUCCGUGUCCUUGGCGAGGUCUGACAAGACAUUGACAGACCCAGCACCAACCACUGGGAAGCUGUCUCCAGCCCCUGAAGUCCCUGUGGCUUCAGCCUCGUCAGACUCUGCCGGUAGUGGGAAACGGAAACGUAAGAUUCCGCUGGUGUCCAGCCGUAGAGGAGACCAAAUCUCUUUGCCUCCACCUCCUGAGUUGGGCUACACCAUCACGGUGAAAGACCUGGAUCAGGAGAAGAAAGCCGCUCUCAGCCAGAUCAACACAGUCCUCAAAGAGCCUGAGCCAGAGAAGCCUGCUCCAGUAGUGACCACAUCUUCUAAGCCUCCCGUGUCAGACAACCCCACACCCACCCUGCUGGCUAGCCAUCUUACCGUAUCAAUGCCUGCUAGUGUGGCGGCUCCUAUCCCUGUCAUCAACCUGGACCCCGUCCCCUCAAGCACCGUCAACACGGCCCCAGCCUACCCCGUCACCAACACCCCUGCAGCCAACCCCCUCCUGGAGUCUCUGAAAAUGAUGAGGAACAACCCCCUCACCAGUGCUGCUGCUGACAAUACUACAGCAGUGACGACCCAUGUACCACUGGUGCCUGCAGAGCAGAAGUCAAAGACCAGCUUGACUGCUCCUCAGCUCACACUACCCUCCCAGCCUGCACUACCCUCCCUCUCCCAGCCUGCACUACCCUCCCUCUCCCAGCCUGCACUACCCUCCCUCUCCCAGCCUGCACUACCCUCCCUCUCCCAGCCUGCACUACCCUCCCUCUCCCAGCCUGCACUACCCUCCCUCUCCCAGCCUGCCAGCACCAUGCCCUCUGCCUUCACCCAGGCACUGAGCCAAGUCACCAAGGCCCCCAGCAGUGUCCCCAUCCUGGGUGGAGCGAGCCUGUUUGGAAUGGUCAAUCCACUGACUGCCCUGUCCUCCUCACCGGCCCCCACUACUACCACAACCGCCACCACAGAAACAACCAGUAGUAAUAAUCCCCUCCUGUCCUCUGGGUUCAAGCCCAUCUUCGGGGCCACGGCCUCAGCCCCAGAGGGCACACCUGCUCUUCCCACCUUUAAACCCAUAUUUGGAAGUGCCACAGCCACCAGUGCUUUUGGACAGCCAGCCUCCACCUCAGCCCCCUCCAAUGCCAGUGCAUCUGCCACAGUGUUCAGCAGGCUAACCAACAGCAGUACAGUGGCCCCAGCCGCCUCCCUGUUCACCGGGCUGUCUAAUAGCACCGCCCCCUCCACCAACCCAGCCACCCCGCCAUCUGUCAAGUGUCUGUUUGGAAACUGGAGUGCGCUGCCUGCAACGACUGCUGCCACAACCACUGCCACAGGAAGUACCUUCCAGUUCGGCACUGCCUCCACCACAGCUCCUGGACCCACCCUCAGCUCCACCGCAGCCGCCACCACUAGCAACAGCGGCUUUUCGUUUGGUGCGAUGACCACCACCUCUGCCGACACUCAACUCGCACCCUCAGCCACCGCCCAGGGGGGAUUCACCUUUGGCCAGCCUGUAGCCACCCAGAACUCUACCACCGCAUCCUUCUGUGGCUUUGGCAUGCCCACUGCAGCCACUGCUACUGCUUCUGCACCUGCAAACCAGUCCACUUUCACGUUUGGGAAGUCGUCGUUCGAAGCUCCGGCGGCAUCGGCGUUCCCCAGUGCGAUUCAGGCCCCGGCUGCUACUGCGGCAGCUAAUCCUUUCACGUUUGGUUCAUCUGCCACUGGGGCCACCCCUGCCCCUUUUGCUUUUGGCGCGGCUGCCACUACGGCGGCCUCUACCUUUGGGACCACCACUAAGCUGGCAUUUGGAGCCAACUCCACAGGUUUUGCAUUUGGCAACACCACGGGCACCACAGCAGCCCCUGCCUUUGGCUCUGCCACCCAGACUGUCGGCAUACUCCCAGCCUCCGCCCCAACUUUCUCGUUUGGUGGUGUGUCCACACAGCAGGCCCCUGCUACCCCUGCCCAGCCAGCCACCGGAGGUUUCAACUUCGGCGCAGCCAUUUCAGGCACUCAGUUUGGAACCUCUAACCCCACAACACAGACACCAGGCUUCAACUUUGGGACGUCUACCCCUGCUUUUGGCCAGAGCACAGCUGCAGGUCCUGUCCCCUUUGGAAGCCCAGGAACUCCAGUUCAAGGAUUCAGUGCUAUGGGAUCCUCAUCAUUCGGCUCUCCAUCAGCUCCUUCGUUCUCCAUUGGCGCUGGCUCCAAAACAUCAGGGGCGCGCCAGAGACUACAGGCCCGACGGCAGCACCCCAGGAAGAAGUAGCCCAGCCAGGUGUGGUAGCAUCUGGCAUAGCCCGGAUGCCCUUACCCAUUCAGCACUGCCAUGACAUCGUCCAGAGGAGCUGAACUGAUACUUCUAUGGCUAACACAUUGUAACCCCAGUCAGACCAACAGCCCUCUCUAGCCUUCUGUUCCCCUGGCCGGGCUGGCCCCCUUUGUGGUACAGGGUUAGCAGAGGAGCACACACACCUACUAGGAUGUCUACCGCUCUACUGAUUGUGUAGCCACUCUCACAGUGAGGAAAAGAAAGGGGGAUAUGAGGCAAAACGAUAGUGGGUUUAUACUUGAAAGAGAAAAGACUAUUGAAAUCCUUUAGACUUUGAGGGAAGCAUAUCCAAUUAAAACAACUUUCUGUCCCGGCUUUUGGAUUUCCCCUACUACGCCCGUUUAAUGACACGUUUUUGACAGUCGAAUCGAGACUCGUGCUUACACACUUGUUUUUGUAUGAAAUUCUAAGCAGGGCUGUUUUAACGGCUAUACAAGGGCUGAAUGUGUUUUUCUGACAUAUGCCCACGGUCAAAAUGGGGCUCACAUACAGUAUAAUCUGUGGAUUUAUCCAGCUGUACAUUGUAACCAUACUAUAUAGGAGAUGUUGACAGUUUUGAGAUAAUGAAUUUAUUUUACAUUUUAAAGACAUUUUUAAUUUGGGUUAAUGAAGACUGGUAUGUGGCAUCUCUGCACUAGUUAGGCCUUAGCUGUUUUAAAUGAGUGCUUAGUGUAUUGGUCCCAGAUAUGCCCUUUUAUUAUUGUACAGUAUCACAGACACUGGGAAGCAUUCCUGCAAUGUAAAUUUGAUACUUGUUUGAUCCUGAAUGCCAGAAUAAGGUAAACAAUAAAAUCCUGAAUCAGACUGCCAUCAUGGGAUCAGUUAAACAUAACACAUGUAUACAUUAUGUGGAGUCCCAGGGUAGUAGUCAUUAAUGGGUCAAUAUUGUGUUGGUGUAAAUAGGUUACCCUGGACUUGUGGAGAAAACCAAAGCCAAUACUUAAGGUUUGACCUUCAAAAUAAUCUCUUCUACCACUUAGACCUUUUCAUGGGUCCUUUUUGUACUAGACUAUCUCUCCUUUUCCCCCACUACUCCUGCUCUCACCAUAGUGAAGAUGGGAGGUGGGGGCAUUCAAAACAGAUCUGGGGACUGGUUGAGAAUCUUAACAAAUCCUUCCUUUUUUCCUUGAAGUAACUUCUCCUGAGGAUUGUAUUACAUUGGCUGGGUAAAAGCCAGCUACUGUACUGUCCACCUAACCUAGGUAUUACUACAAGGAAAUAAGGAUGCAUUUUAACCGUGGUCAUUAAGAGCAGGUGUGUGUUAUGGGAGCGAUGAGUAAUGUGGUCCUUGAGAGCCAUAGGGGAUGGAGUCUUCCCCAGCACUGAACACAGAUUCAACUAGUCACAGUCUUGAUUGAUGAUGACCCUGCUUGAUCAGUGAAAGCCAGUGUUGUAAGUGUUCCUCACAAUGACAUGGCACAGAACAAUUUCUAUCUUGAAUGCCAGCCUCCACCUUCAUCUGACUGGCAAUGAUAGAAACUACAAACACCUGGGCACUGUACCACAAGACCCCUGCAUCUGUAUACUAUCAAGACCAAGAUGAGUGCAUUUAUAAGAUAAUUGAAUUUGGAGUUUACAUGCUCCCCUCUUAAGCGUUGCAGAUAGACAUACUUUACGUGCGCCUUCAGCCGUCAAACCGCUUUCCCCUCCCCUGUAUGAUUCCCCUCAAGUCUUUUCUGGUGUUUUUAGCUUGUUACUAUCUUUGCCUCGGUGAGUCUGGCUUGGAGGAAGUAAUGUGGUGAAUGGCGGCAUAUUGCUAGUGCCGGACGUGGUUUUACCCGCAUGCUCAAUGGGUGAGGUUCUGAGUUUUGUUGGGACUUUUUAACAAUUUAUUGAUGAAUGUGUUUGAGUGUGUCAAUACAACUGGAUUCACAAAUGUGCACAGCAGGAGAGGUGUUAUUUUCAUUAAUGCUGGAUCAAAACUCAGGACUAAAGGAACUGGAGGGGAAUUGUCUUUCAAGUCAAACCUAACUCUUUGUGCGCUAAACAUGACUAACCAUGUAGGUUACAAAAAUUACCUCGGGUGUUGAAUCGGUUCGCCCCUCUUGAGACAGAACUAGGAUUUUGAAUACUAAUUUUUAAUCGGAACCUCUCCUGGUCGAGCCAAUUAGGCUAGUUAUUGUGAGAGGUGUAUGAAUGUGUGUGGGGGGCAUGAUUUGGCUAAAUAGUGUCAAUGUACACAAACUUUAUUUUUGUAUUAAGGCAGGUUGCCUUUUAGAAUUCCUUCAAGCUUGGCUCACUGAGACAAUUGGUCUAGUUUAUAGAAUUUUUCUAGUUCGUUAAGGUUUCCUCAACCGUAAUGAAAUUGUGGAAUAAAAGCGUCUAAAAGUUUCCCUUUGUAAGAGCUCCACUUUUUUAUAGGAGAGCAUACUGGGUCUGCUACUGUAUGGGUACUGUAAAUGAAUGCUGUCUGUCUGAUCAUUGUGUACAGUAUAAGCCUGACAAAUGUGAAUUGUGUUGCUUUAGACUUGAAUGAGACUUGUGGCUUUGUGUGUUACUGUGUGAGGUGUGUGUGUAUAGAAAGACUGACUUGAAUGUGAGUUUAUUUUUGCUGGGACUAAAGUACCCUGUUCAUUCUUUUAAAUUAUAUUUUAAUUAUGCAUCAUUCCACGAUGUAGCUAUGUAUGAUACCCAUGUUAUACUUAAAUCCCUUUUAAAACAAUUGAUAGUACCCCACCUCAGUUAUCUGGAAGUGAAGUGAGAUCAAUGAAGUCUGCCCUGUGGUCAUUUUUGACUGACAGCUUUUGAAACAAGGCUGUUUUUGUUUUGCUCAGUUUACCAGGCUUGUUUUUACAUCUUGUGAUAUCUGCUUAUGACAGAUCGGUGGACAAUGUGCUGAAGGUCAACUCAAACCAUAUUGAAUGGCCUGGCCACCUUGUUUGUUCCCAUAGACAGGACUUUAUAAUUGUCUUAUCUUGUUGGUCCAGAUCUUGCGUAUGCACAAUACAUUGAAUGUAGUAUAUUUAACCACACUGUCACAUUUUUGGGUUCAUAAUCCAUUGACACUUUUGUGCUUUACCCGUUUGUAAAUCGAACAGUCAUUUACCCUUGUGCAGAGCUGUGUAAAUAAGUAAUGUUUAACAUUUGGACUUAUGGCUGUACUUACCUGUGGAUUUAAUCAAGGACCAAGGCUUUACCAUGUGUUUUUAUUUUGUUGAAGCUUCAAAUGACAUGAAAUGUUGACUUUUUAAAACAUGCAAAGUGUUCGAGCUGGACGUCUUAAAUUGAGUGUUUGAGAGGUAUAUUACUGUGAAUGGGAACGCAAACAUCUGCUCACAAUGGGCAAUUCGAGAGGAGAGUGAAUGUGCAGACAUGGGCAGUGUAUUAUAACAUUCUCCCCUCUGCUCAUGUCUUAAAUGUACUGGUUUUAAAUAAAAUGUGAUAAAGAUAUCA